UUUAACAGGAUUGUGUUCCAAGAUGGCGCUGGUAGACCGUAUUAUAUCUCGCUAUGUUGCGCUGGAUGCACAGCGUAAAUCUAUUGACGCGGAACGCUCGUCUAAAUGUUCCCCUGGAGCUAGGAUAGGUUGUUGUACAUAUCCGGAAGAUUUAGCUAGAUCAUAUAUGGAAUUGAACGAAAUGAUUUUGGGCGGUAGGGAGUCCUCUGUUGAUGAAGCGGAUAUUGGCAUUACUGGCGCCAAGAAGUUGGACAUCCUCACAGAUGAACGUAUUUUGUACAUAUGUGAAGAUGUAUUGUAUGUAAUAGUGUAUCAUUUGAUCGAAACAGGUCACAUUGAUGCUAUGUUGGGAGCUCUUGUUCGCAAUGAACUUUUUUUUGCUGUCUUACCUCAGGCGAAGACUGCCAAAAUGGUUCGUAGUGUUUUAGAACGCUUAUCGCAAGUGGUUAAAGAUUUGGAUGUACUUUAUCGUGUCUUUGGUCUAUAUCGCAGCUGGUGUGCUAAUAUGAAGCGUACCUUCUUGGGUUAUAGGCUCGAUUUGAAAAUAUGUAUAUUGUUGUUGUUAAGGCGUAACUACAGUGCUGCCAUAAUGUCUUUAGAAAAACUACAGCAGGAUGUGAAGAACAUUGAAGACAAGCCUUUAUUAUUGGAUAUUCACCUGACACAGGCCAAAGCUUAUUUACUAGUUCGUAACCUUGUUAGGACAAAGAUCGCAUUAAGCAACGCCAAGAAUGUAGCUAUAAAUAUCAACACUCCUACAUAUGUCAGUGCAGAGAUUGAUUUAUUAAGUGGUUUGCUCUAUCUCUGUGAGUCGGAUUACCGUACUGCUUAUACAUAUUUCUUUGAGGCCUAUGAAGGAUUCCACAUGGCAGUUGGGGGUACUCAUAGUGUGUUGUUCCCUAAUUUGGCACGUUUACAGAAACGCGCUAAGGUCUUGGAAGAUAUAUGUACUGCUUCUACUGAGCCUACUUUGGUUAAGGAUGCUCCAUUGCCAUUAAUGGUUGGUGACCCUGAGAUAUACAGUUGCCACUCCACUAUUUCGGAUAUCUCGGCUGUAUUCUUCACAUUUUAUAAUUUGAGCGAAUAUAAGUCAACAUCUGGCACGGUAGUGGAGGAGUCCAUGUCACCUAAUGUUGACCCGGUGGCCUCGCAUUACAUUCAAUUCUACUCUAUGCUGAAUACCAACGCUGGCUUGGAGACUCCGAUGCCUGAGAAACCUUCUUUUGAGGAUGGUGCCGAUCCUGUACCUGUUGAGACAUUAGCAAGGGCUGACGAGCGUAAAUUAGUGCAAGCGCUAAAAUAUUUACUAUUGACCAUUGUAAUUACAGGUCGUAACGCGGAAUUGAUUCCCUUAUUAUCUGCUAAGAAUAAGCAGAAGUUCACUAACCACGUUGAGAUUAGGAUGAUUCAGCGUAUAAGUGAAUGCUAUAAGAACAGCUCGUUGGUUGAUUUUGAGAAGAUUCUUGAUGAGUACAAGCAGGUGAUUCUCAUGGACCCUAUCCUUCAGCAGGAAAUCCACCGAUUGUAUGACGCUCUUCUUGAACGCAAUAUUACUAGGAUUCUAAAGCCCUAUAGUAUAGUACAAAUAUCGUUCCUUAGUCAUAAACUAUCUCUGCCUCAGGAUAAGGUGGAGAAGAAAUUGGCUGAGAUGAUAUUGGAUGGAAAGUUACGUGGCACAAUUGACCAGGGCAAUGCUAAUUUACUUUUAUUCGAUGAGGAGACUGUUCGCGAGACAUUUUACGAGGAUGUGAACCAUACAAUUUCUAAAUUGAUGUCUGUCAUAGACACGUUGUACAAGAAGGCACAGCGUGCAAUGUAACACAC